UUAGAUGUUGAGGAUGGCUGUUUUCUCCAUGGGGACUGUGAGGAUGUCCCAGAUGUGGAUGCUGAGAUGGGUCGUCCUACUGGUGGGGCAACAGCUGAUACAAGCAGGCUUUAUAGAGGAUUAUGGAGUAAUGGGAGAUUCUAGUGACUUGACUAUGUGGCCAACAACACCAUCAGGCUAUUUUGUUCCAGUUCGUGCCAGUAACCAUGUCAACAACAUCUGUAGCAUGUGGGGAAACUUCCACUUCAAAACAUUCGAUGGGGACUUUUAUCAGUUCCCAGGCACGUGCGAGUAUAACCUGGUCUCGGACUGCCAAAGCGUCAUUCGCCAGUUCUCAGUUCACGUGAAGAGAACAGAACACAUCAGCAGCCCAAAAAUCAGCAGAGUCCUGGUUACCAUCAAUGACAUCACCGUCGAAAUCACUGUAGACAAGGUCAUCGUCAAUAAAGAAAAUAAAUUGCUUCCCGUGCAUGUCGCAGGGAUUCUUGUGGAAGAGAACACAAUUUACAUGAGACUCCAUUCAAAAAUGGGCAUAACUGUCAUGUGGAACAAAGAGGAUGCAGUCAUGGUGGAGUUGGACUCCAAAUUUUUAAAUCGCACAUGUGGAUUGUGUGGUGAUUUCAAUCGGGCUCCAGUUUAUAAUGAAUUUAUUCAAUCAGAAUUAGGAUAUGAACGAGAGGUAGGCUACAUUGAGUUUGGGAACAAGCACAAAGUUCCCAACCCAGAUGUGGAUUGCAAAAAUCCCUCUGAAGAAGACGAUGAGCAGAAUUUAGUAGAUCAUUCUGAAAAACAUCGGGAAGAUUGUGAUGACCUUUUGAAAGAUGCAGACUGGUUCUCCUGUAACAAGAUUUUGAACCCUGAGCCGUAUAUCGAGGCCUGUAUGAAUGACAUGUGCUUGUAUCAGCCUGAAGAUACUGACAACUCCACGCUUUGUGCGACUCUGUCUGAAUAUUCACGUCAGUGUUCCCACGCUGGGGGAACUCCGCCGACCUGGAGAAGAGCUGACUUCUGCGCUGUGGCAUGCCCCUACAAUAUGGUACAUUCUGAAAGCGGCUCCCCUUGUAUGGACACAUGCUUGCACAAAGACACAAACACACUGUGUGAGCAACACAACAUUGAUGGCUGCUUCUGCCCACCAGGAACUGUGUUUGAUGAAAUCUCAAACAUGGGCUGCAUCCCGGUGGAAGAGUGUCAGUGUAAGCAUGACCGCAUCUACAGCACAGGAGAGGUUCUCUACAAACAUAACACGGAAUGCAUAUGUAAGGAGGGAGACUGGAUCUGUACAAGUAUUCCUGGCCCUGGCUUGUGCGCAGUAGAAGAAGGAUCUCACUUUACAACCUUUGACGGGAAAGAAUUCACUUUCCAUGGAGAUUGCAACUAUGUGCUCUCAAAAGACUUUGAGGAAUCAAAGUUCAUCAUACUGGGUCAGAUUGUUCCUUGUGUUAGCCUUAAUACUGACACCUGCUUGAAAUCUAUAGAAGUGAUGUUUAACAAUGACAAGAACCAUCGUCUAGUGAUUAAAGCUGAUGGCACAGUUCAACAAAAUGCAAUAGUUUCACUUCCUUACACGACAGCUGACUUCACAGUGUUCAUGCCAUCAUCGUUUCACAUCAUGCUUCAGACCACCUUUGGGCUGCAGGUGCAGGUACAGCUGGUGCCUCUUAUGCAGGUCUACAUCACUGUGGACCAAAGCUUCCAGGGCAAGACUUGUGGUAUCUGUGGAAAUUUUAACAAAGUGCUGUCAGAUGAUCUGGAGACUCCUCAGGGAGUGGUAGAGGGUACAGCGGUUUCCUUCGCAAAUGCCUGGAAGACACAGUCCAACUGCCCCGACCGUACUGAAAGACUAGACGACCCCUGUUCCUACAGCAGUGACAUCGAGCACUAUGCUGAGUAUUGGUGUUCCCAGAUGAAGGAAAAGGGGAGCCUUUUUGCCCAAUGUCACACCACUGUCAAUCCAGACAGCUACUACAAAAGAUGCAAAUACUCCAGCUGUACCUGUGAGAAGAGUGAGGACUGUCUGUGUACAGUGUUCUCCUCAUAUGCACGGGCCUGUGCAUCCAAAGGAAUAAUCCUCCAAGGCUGGAGAGAAAUUGUGUGUGAAAAAUACACAGAGAAUUGCCCGGCCUCCCAGAACUACUCCUAUGAGCUGCAAGGCUGUCAGCGUACCUGUCUGUCUCUUGCCUCUGAGCGCCAAAGCUGCAGCGUUGACUUUGUGCCCGUUGACGGAUGCGCAUGUCCAGAGGGACUUUACCAGGAUCAGAAUGGACUGUGUGUACCUAUGGAAAAAUGCCCAUGUUACAACAAUGGCGUGACAGUCCAACCUGGCACAUCUAUUAACAUUAAGAAUGAACAUUGUGUUUGUGUGAAUGGAACAUUCCGCUGUCUGUCCUGGAAACCUCCAAUUGUGGAGUGUCCUCCUCCAAAGGUUUUCUUCAACUGCAGUACAGCACGUCCAGAUGAACAUGGAUUGUUGUGUGCACAGACUUGUAUGCAAAAGGAAAUGGAUUGUUUCUCGCAGGACUGUGAAUCUGGCUGCCAGUGUCCUGCAGGUCUACUUGAUGAUGGCAGAGGAAACUGUGUUAACCCUUAUGACUGUCCAUGUCCUCACAAUGGACAAUUUUAUGCACCAGGGACUGAGAUAACCGUAGACUGCAAUAACUGUACUUGUCAACACGGAACAUGGACAUGUACAAAGAAUAUCUGUCCAGGCAUCUGCACAAUAUAUGGAAGCGGACAUUAUAAAACUUUUGACCAGCAGAGAUUCGGAUUCAGGGGAGAGUGCAGUUAUAUAGCUGCUGAGGAUAAAUGUGGAAAUAAGACAGGAACUUUUCAUGUAAUCACUGAGAAUAUUCCUUGUGGAACAACAGGGACAACAUGCUCAAAGGCUGUUGUCAUCCUUUUGGGGAGAACUAAGUUAGAACUUUAUGGUGGGAAUGUAACAGCAUUUGAUACAGAAAGUGGCCCACAGAUCAGUUACAACAAGACAAUGAUUGGGAUGUACCUUGUUAUUGAUGCUGAUAUUGGACUGACAGUUUUGUGGGACCGCAGGACAACUGUUCGCAUCAUUUUGCAACCUCAACACAUGGGAGGUGUUUGUGGACUAUGUGGAAAUUUCAAUGGAAAUGGAAAAGAUGACUUUACUACUCAAGGCAGUUUACAAACCACAGAUAUAAUUGAGUUUGUUGACAGCUGGAAAGUGUUAGGCACCUGCCCUGAUGCUGCACCAGACUUUGACCCAUGCUUUAAGAACCUUGAACGAGAGCCAUGGGCAAAACUACAAUGUAGCAUCAUAAAAGACAGUGAAGGUGCAUUCAAACACUGCCAUAACAAGGUGGAUCCAAACCCAUAUUAUGAAAACUGUGUGAAGGACUCAUGUGCAUGUGACACAGGUGGAGAUUGUGAGUGCUUCUGUACAGCUAUGGCAGCUUAUGCUCAAGCCUGCAAUGAGGCAGGUGUUUGUGUGGACUGGAGAACCCCUGAGAUCUGCCCUGUGUACUGUGACUACUACAAUAAACCAGAAGGAUGCACGUGGCAUUAUAAUCCUUGUGGUAUACCUUGCUACAAAACCUGUCGCAACCCUUUUGGUAUCUGCAAUAACACUUUACCCAACCUGGAAGGGUGUUAUCCAAAAUGUCCAAAGGAUGAACCUAUUUUUGAUGAGCAAAAUCAGGUCUGUGUGAAAGAGUGUAUUCCCAGAUGCUAUGUCAACGGAAUCGAAUACAAGCCUGAAGAGAAUAUACCAACUGAUAAGUCCUGUCAUGAGUGUAUCUGUAAUGAACAUGGCAAUAUACAAUGUUUUCAAACUCCUGGGUGCUGUAACUAUGGUGGAAAACAAUAUGACCAUAACGACACCAUUUACAACAUUAAGGAUGACAUGGGAAUGUGUUAUUAUGCAGUUUGCAUAAAUGCCACAGUGAUUGCAACAGAGAAACCCUGCACAACACCUUCAACAUUUACCACAACUACAAGUACUCCUAUGGCACCUGUGUCAACACAAACACCACAUGUAACUAGUACAAGUACUGGCACUACACCUUUACCAUUUACAACCUCUUCCACUACCACAACUACUCCUUUGGCACCUACCUCAACAGAAACACCAUCUACAACUAGUACAAGUACUGGCACAACACAUUCAACAUUUACAACCACUUACACUACAACAAGUACUCCUUUGCCACCUACCUCAACAGAAACACCAUCUACAACUAGUACAAGUACUGGCACAACACCUUCAACAUUUACAACCUCUUCCACUACCACAACUACACCUUUGCCACCUACCUCAACAGAAACACCAUCUAUAACUAGUACAAGUACUGGCACAACACCUUCAACAUUUACAACCUCUUCCACUACCACAACUACACCUUUGCCACCUACCUCAACAGAAACACCAUCUACAACUAGUACAAGUACUGGCACAACACCUUCAACAUUUACAAUCUCUUCCACUACCAUAACUACACCUUUGCAACCUACCUCAACAGAAACACUAUCUAAAACUAGUACAAGUACUGACACAACACCUACAACAUUUACAACCUCUUCCACUACUACAACUACUCCCACAGAACCUGUGUCAACAGAAACACCACAUGUAACUAGUACAAGUACAGAGACAACACCUUUAACAUUUACAACCACUUCCACUACAACAAGUACUCCUAUGUCACCUGUGUCAACAAAACCCCCAUCUUCAACUAGUCCAACUACUGGCACAACACCUUCAACAUUUACCACAACUUCCACUGCAACAACUACUCCCACAGAACCUGUGUCAACAGAAACACCACAUGUAACUAGUACUAGUACAGAGACAACACCUUCAACAUUUACAACCACUUCCACUACAACAAGUACUCCUUUGCCACCUACCUCAACAGAAACACCAUCUACAACUAGUACAAUUACUGGCACAACACCUUCAACAUUUACAAUCUCUUCCACUACCACAACUACACCUUUGCAACCUACCUCAACAGAAACACCAUCUACAACUAGUAAAAGUACUGGCACAACACCUUCAACAUUUACAACCUCUUCCACUACCACAACUACACCUUUGCCACCUACCUCAACAGAAAUACCACUGACAACUAGUCCAAAUACUGCCACAUCAUAUACAACCACUUCCACUACAACAAGUACUCCUCUGUCACUUGUGUCAACAGAAACCCCAUCUUCAACUAUUCCAAGUACUGGCACAACACCUUCAACAUUUACCACAACUUCCACUACAACAACUACUCCCACAGGACCUGUGUCAACAGAAACACCACAUGUAACAAGUACAAGUACAACCACAACACCUUCACCAUUUACAACCUCUUCCACUACCACAACUACUCCCACAGAACCUGUGUCAACAGAAACACCACAUGUAACUAGUACAAGUACAGGCACAACACCUUCACCGUUUACAACCUCUUCCACUACCACAACUACUCCCACAGAACCUGUGUCAACAGAAACACCACAUGUAACUAGUACAAGUACAGGCACAUCACCUUCACAAUUUACAACCACUUCCACUACAACAAGUACUCCUAUGUCACCUGUGUCAACAAAAACCCCAUCUUCAACUAGUCCAAGUACUGGCACAACACCUUCAACAUUUACCACAACUUCCACUACAACAACUACUCCCACAGGACCUGUGUCAACAGAAACACCACAUGUAACUAGUACAAGUACAGGCACAACACUUUCAACAUUUACAACCUUUUCCACUACCACAACUAUUCCCACAGAACCUGUGUCAACAGAAACACCACAUGUAACUAGUACAAGUACAGGAACAACACCUUCACCAUUUAUAACCUCUUCCACUACCACAACUACUCCCACAGAAACUUUGUCAACAGAAACACCACACGUAACUAGUACAAGUACAGGCACAACACCUUCACCAUUUACAACCACUUCCACUACAACAAGUACUCCUAUGUCACCUGUGUCAACAAAAACCCCAUCUUCAACUAGUCCAACUACUGGCACAACACCUUCAACAUUUACCGCAACUUCCACUGCAACAACUACUCCCACAGAACCCGUGUCAACAGAAACACCACAUGUAACUAGUACUAGUACAGAGACAACACCUUCAACAUUUACAACCACUUCCACUACAACAAGUACUCCUUUGCUACCUACCUCAACAGAAACACAAUCUACAACUAGUACAAGUACUGGCACAACACCUUCAACAUUUACAAUCUCUUCCACUACCACAACUACUCCCACAGAACCUGUGUCAACAGAAACACCACAUGUAACUAGUACAAGUACAGGCACAACACCUUCACCAUUUACAACCACUUCCACUACAACAAGUACUCCUAUGUCACCUGUGUCAACAAAAACCCCAUCUUCAACUAGUCCAAGUACUGGCACAACACCUUCAACAUUUACCACAACUUCCACUACAACAACUACUCCCACAGAACCUGUGUCAACAGAAACACCACAUGUAACUAGUACAAGUACAGAGACAACACCUUUUACAUUUACAACCACUUCCACUACAACAAGUACUCCUAUGUCACCUGUGUCAACAAAAACCCCAUCUUCAACUAGUCCAAGUACUGGCACAACACCUUCAACAUUUACCACAACUUCCACUACAACAACUACUCCCACAGGACCUGUGUCAACAGAAACACCACAUGUAACUAGUACAAGUACAGGCACAACACUUUCAACAUUUACAACCUUUUCCACUACCACAACUAUUCCCACAGAACCUGUGUCAACAGAAACACCACAUGUAACUAGUACAAGUACAGGAACAACACCUUCACCAUUUAUAACCUCUUCCACUACCACAACUACUCCCACAGAACCUGUGUCAACAGAAACACCACAUGUAACUAGUACAAGUACAGGCACAACACCUUCACCAUUUACAACCACUUCCACUACAACAAGUACUCCUAUGUCACCUGUGUCAACAAAAACCCCAUCUUCAACUAGUCCAAGUACUGGCACAACACCUUCAACAUUUACCACAACUUCCACUACAACAACUACUCCCACAGAACCUGUGUCAACAGAAACACCACAUGUAACUAGUACAAGUACAGAGACAACACCUUCAACAUUUACAACCUCUUCCACUACAACAAGUACUCCUAUGUCACCUGUGUCAACAAAAACCCCAUAUUCAACUAGUCCAACUACUGGCACAACACCUUCAACAUUUACCACAACUUCCACUGCAACAACUACUCCCACAGAACCUGUGUCAACAGAAACACCACAUGUAACUAGUACUAGUACAGAAACAACACCUUCAACAUUUACAACCACUUCCACUACAACAAGUACUCCUUUGCCACCUACCUCAACAGAAACACCAUCUACAACUAGUACAAGUACUGGCACAACACCUUCAACAUUUACCACAACUUCCACUAGAACAACUACUCCUACAGAACCUGUGUCAACAGAAACACCACAUGUAACUAGUACAAGUACAGAGACAACACCUUUAACAUUUACAACCAAUUUCACUACAACAAGUACUCCUAUGUCACCUGUGUCAACAAAAACGCCACCUUCAACUGGUCCAAGUACUGGCACAACACCUUCAACAUUUACCACAACUUCCACUAGCUCAACUACUCCCACAGGACCUGUGUCAACAGAAACACCACAUCUAACGACCACAAGUACUGGCACAACACCUUCAACAUUUACAACCUCUUCCACUAGCUCAACCACAACUUUGCCACCUACCUCAACAGAAACACCACCGACAACUAGUCCAAAUACUGUCACAACAUAUACAACCACUUCCACUACUACAACUACUCCCACAGAACCUGUGUCAACAGAAACACCACAUGUAACUAGCACAAGUACUGGCACAACACCUUCAACAUUUACAACCUCUUCCACUACUAGAACUACUCCUAUGCCACCGAUGUCAACAGAGACCCCAUCUUCAAUUAGUUCAAGUACUAGCACAACCCCUUUCACAUUUACAACCAAUUCCACUACUACAACUACUCCUAUGCCAUCUGUGUCAACAGAAACCCCAUCUUCAACUAGGCCAAAUACUGGCACAACACCUUCAACGUUUACUACAACUUCCACUAUUACAACUACUUCCACUACUACUACUCCAACACCACAUAUAUCAACAGAAACAACACCUACAACUAGUACAAGUACUGGCACAACACCUAUAACAUCUACUCAUACACCACCUACCUCAACCGAAAUACCAUCUAAAACUAGUACAACUCGUUCCACAACACCUACUUUAAUAUUUACAUCUACUACUACCUACUCUACUAACACACCAAUAAAUAUUGUCCAUGGACAUUCCACAACCCCCCCUUUGAUUUAUCCACAAAUUGUUAAAACAUCUGUCUCUACACCGUUUUCACCUACAUCUGUAAGUCAGAGCACUACAUUCUGUUUUUGUGAACUACAAGGAAGAAAAUAUAGGCCUGGAGAGUCAAUAUUGGAACAGAAGCACAUUGGCUCAGGGAUUUGUCUCACCAUGAUCUGCUCCAUAACCUGUGCAAUUCAGAACAGCACUGAGCUAUGUCCUUCACCUAUAUCACCUACACCAGCUCCACAAUAUGACUGUCCUAGAUGGAGCAAAACUACUAACGAGAUUUUUAGCAUAUCUAAAUGCACCAUGGCAAAGUGCAUAAAGGGAGAGAUCAUUGAGAUUGUCCCAUUGCAAUGUCCUCUGCUCCAGAAAAUUACCUGUGAAAAUCAUCAGCCGGCAGUUCUGAUCUAUGAUAAGCACCAAUGCUGCCAGCAGUAUGCCUGUGAUUGCUUUUGUCAAGGCUGGGGUGGUUCACAUUACAUCACAUUUGAUGGACUCUUCUACAGUUAUAAAGGAAACUGCACUUACAUAUUAAUGGAGGAAAUUAGGCCUCAAUACCACUUGAAGAUCUACAUUGACAAUAACUAUUGUGGUAAUGGUGAGCUUGCAUCUUGUCCCAGAUCCAUUACUGUGUCUUACAAUGAUCAAGUCAUCACACUUAGGAAUGACAUUGGAGGUGUGGAUCUAGAGGCACUGAAGGACAAUGUUAAGCUAAUGCUGCCAUAUGCUCACAAUGGUGUGAGAGUAAUAAGCUCAGGACUAGACUUGUUUCUGAGUAUUCCAGAGCUGAAUGUUGGUAUAACAUUCAGAGCACUUGGCUUUAGCAUCAAUCUGCCAGUUCAGCAUUUUGGAAACAACACACAAGGACACUGUGGAACAUGCAACAACAACCAAGCUGAUGACUGCAUGAUCCCUGGAGGCAUCUUGGUCAAUGACUGUGAAGUGAUGGCGGAUUACUGGCCAGCCAGUGGUGUGAAUGGGAAAAUGUGCCAACCAACUCCAAAACCCCCAGUCUUGAAUAUAUCCCCACCCACGCCAAAGGCACCAUGCCUGGCCCAAUCUGAAUGCAACCUUCUCGAGAGCAAGCUGUUCGAAGCAUGCCAUUCCCACGUGCCUCCUAAAAACUUCUUUUUAGCUUGUCAAUCGGACAUCUGUAAUAUGAAAAACCCCACCAUAGUGUGUGCCAGUCUUCAGAGCUAUGCAAGUGCUUGCUCACAGGUUGGAGUCUGCAUGCACUGGAGGAACUACACUAAGCAUUGCAACAUUAAAUGUCCAGAAGAUAAAAUCUUUUUGCCUUGUGCUAAAUCUGAACCACCAACAUGUAGAGAUGGCUGUUUCAGGCCUAUGCAAAGCAUAACAGUGCCCACAGAAGGCUGCUUCUGCCAUGAGAACACAAUACUCUUCAGCAAGGAGUCAGGAUUAUGUGUGCCAAAAUGUGGAUGCUUGGAUCCUUCUGGCACACUGCGUGAGUAUGAUGAGCAUUUUUCGUACAACUGUGAGGACUGUGUCUGUGAUAGGGCAAGCCAAUCAGUGUUCUGUAAGCCCAAGAAGUGUCCUGAUGUAAAUCCUGAGAUCUGCACUGAGCCCGGCUUUGUGCUGGUCAAUGUCACCGAUCCCUCAGAGCCAUGCUGCAGCAAACAAGUUUGCCAUUGUUCUACUGACAUGUGCCCAAGUGGAUCAUGUACAAAAGAGUCCUGCAUUUAUGAUGCACCAGACAACACCAGACAUGUUCUCAAGAAUGGAGAGCAGUACACGUACAAAUGUGAAACUGUUACCUGCCGUCAAAUGAAUAAAUCAUUUGUAAUUGAGAAGAACAUCACAGAAUGUCCUUACCUGAGUUCAAAGGACUGUGGGCCUGGGUUUCAAUAUGAGGAAAAAGUUGGAGAGUGUUGUGGAACAUGUACACAAGUUGCCUGUAUUUAUGAUACACCAGACAAAACCAGACAUAUUCUCAAGGAUGGAGCAGUUGACAAUUACAAAUGUGAAACUGUUACCUGUCGUAAAUUGAAUGGCAUGUUUGUGACUGAGAAGACCAAAACAGAAUGUCCUUACUUGAGUUCAUUUGACUGUGGGCCUGGGUUUGAAUAUAUGAGAAAAGAGGGAGAGUGCUGUGGAUCAUGUAGACAAGUGGCCUGUAUUUAUGAUGCACCAGACAAAACCAGACAUGUUCUCAAGGUACAUUUCCAAAUAUUAUUUAUCAUUUCAGUUCAUCAUCUGGUCUGUUCUUCAGUCUUCAUGUUUCAUUCUUAU